AUUGUAGCAAUCACUCUGACAGUCUUAUCCAUUUAUCCAUUAUCCAUUUUUAAGUUUUAGGUAUUGGAAAUAUAAAGAUGAGUCACAUAAAUUCUAUUUUUAAUCCAGUGGCAGAGAUAGAUCAAUCCUUUUUCUCUUCCUUUAUUCCCCCUUUCCCAAUUUGAGCAGGGGGAGCAUUUUGGCCCAGGCCUCACAUCCAUGAAAAACUUUAAACAUUAGACUUCUCAGUGUGAAGUUAAACACACAGUGACAGAAGUCGUUAAUAGGAUAGAGAAAAAAAUGAUGUCAUAGGAACUGAACCUUGCAUUUAUGACUAACCACACCUCUGUGCAUUAAAAAUUAAUAUUUUCGCCCCACUGGCGGCUCUGAAGAGCCAUCUUUGCAUUGUUCCUCCUCCGACUCCUUGCUCGCCUCCGCCGCCUCCGCCUCCGCCGCGCGUCUCCUUCGCCGUCGCAGACUCCGGCAGCUUUAUCGCCAGAGUCCUUGAAAUCUCGCUUUCUUUUUAAUCCCCCGCAUCGGAUCACUGGCGUGCCCCACCAUGUCAGACGCAGCGGUAGACACCAGCUCCGAAAUCAUCACCAAGGACUUGAAGGAGAAGAAGGAAGUUGUGGAAGAGGCGGAAAAUGGAAGAGACGCCCCUGCUAAUGGGAAUGCGAAUGAGGAAAAUGGGGAGCAGGAGGCUGACAAUGAGGUAGAUGAACAAGAAGAAGAAGGUGGGGAGGAAGAAGAGGAGGAAGAAGGUGAUGGUGAGGAGGAGGAUGGAGAUGAAGAUGAGGAAGCUGAGUCUGCUGCGGGCAAGUGGGCAGCUGAAGAUGAUGAGGAUGAUGAUGUCGAUACCAAGAAGCAGAAGACCGAUGAGGAUGAUUAGACAGCAAAAAAGGAAAAGUUAAACUAAAAAACAAAAAAAGGCCGCCAUGACCUAUUCACCCUCCACUUCCCGUCUCAGAAUCUAAACGUGGUCACCUUCGAGUAGAGAAGCUGGUCCACCUGCCCAACGCGGGCAGUGCCACCCGCAGAUGAACGACGUGCUCUCCACUACCCAACCCGAACCAUGAGAAUUUGCAACAGGGGAGGAAAAAAAGAACUAAAACUUCCAAGGCCCUGCUUUUUUUCUUAAAAGUACUUUAAAAAGGAAAUUUGUUUGUAUUUUUUAUUUACAUUUUAUAUUUUUGUACAUAUUGUUAGGGUCAGCCAUUUUUAAUGAUCUCCGAUGACCAAACCAGCCUUCGGAGCGUUCUCUGUCCUACUUCCGACUUUACUUGUGGUGUGACCAUGUUCAUUAUAAUCUCAAAGGAGAAAAAAAAACCUUGUUAAAAAAAAAAGCGAAAACGACAACAGAAAAACAGUCGUAUUCCGAGCAUUCCAGUACCUUUGUUGUGUAUGUACUUAGCUGUACUAUAAGUAGUUGGUUUGUAUGAGAUGGUUAAAAGGCCAAAGAUUAAAAGGUUUCCUUUUUUUC